CAGAGGGUGUUUGGUGACACAGCAGAAAGGGGAAGUUGGCAAACAGCUGCUGGAGCAAUCUCCUGCUCACAAACAGCUGUUUGCUCCUUCCCCUCCUGGCUGCCCUGCAAAUGUGCUUGAGAAUAGCUGUGGAUUUCUCACAGUCCUCGUGGGAGGGGCAGAAGUGACAAGUGCAGAAGUGGCAAGUGCAGAAGUCACCUUCUGCAGCUUGGAAUUGUCCUGGAAGAGCACGUGGGAAGUCCAAGAAGGGAGCAUGGACCAGCCCAGUGGAAGGAGUUUCAUGCAAGUUCUGUGUGAGAAGUACAGCCCUGAGAACUUCCCCUACCGCCGUGGGCCUGGCAUGGGGGUGCACGUCCCAGCAACCCCACAGGGCUCACCCAUGAAAGACCGCCUGAACCUGCCCAGCGUGCUGGUGCUCAACAGCUGUGGCAUCACCUGUGCCGGGGACGAGAACGAGAUCGCCGCCUUCUGCGCCCACGUCUUCGAGCUCGACCUCUCUGACAACAAACUGGAAGACUGGCACGAGGUCAGUAAAAUUGUGUCCAACGUCCCCCACUUGGAGUUUCUAAACCUGAGUUCCAACCCUCUCAGUUUGUCCGUUUUAGAGAGAAGUUGCGCUGGGUCUUUCGCUGGCGUCCGCAAACUUGUGCUCAACAACAGCAAAGCUUCCUGGGAAACAGUGCACACCAUCCUGCAGGAAUUACCAGACUUGGAGGAACUCUUCCUGUGCCUUAAUGACUACGAAACAGUGUCUUGUUCUCCAGUUUGCUGUCAGUCUCUCAAGCUACUUCACAUAACUGACAAUAAUCUUCAAGACUGGACUGAAAUUCGAAAGUUGGGAAUUAUGUUUCCAUCACUGGACACACUUAUCCUGGCUAACAACAACCUCACCACCAUUGAAGAGUCAGAAGAUUCCCUGGCAAGGCUCUUCCCCAACCUAAGAUCCAUCAACUUGCACAAGUCAGGUCUGCAUUGCUGGGAAGACAUUGACAAGUUAAAUUCUUUCCCGAAGCUCGAGGAAGUGAAAUUGCUGGGAAUUCCUCUGCUGCAGUCUUACACCACCGAGGAACGCAGGAAGCUGCUAAUAGCCAGGUUGCCAUCCAUCACCAAGCUCAACGGCAGCAUCGUGGCCGACGGCGAGCGGGAGGACUCGGAGCGCUUCUUCAUCCGCUAUUACAUGGAGUUCCCCGAGGAGGAGGUGCCCUUCAGGUAUCACGAGCUGGUCACCAAGUACGGGAAGCUGGAGCCCUUGGCAGUGGUGGAUCUGCGGCCCCAGAGCAGCGCCAAGGUGGAGGUUCACUUCCAGGACAAGGUGGAGGAGAUGUCCAUCCGCCUCGACCAGACUGUGGCAGAGCUGAAGAAGCACUUAAAAACUGUGGUGCAGCUGUCAACAAGCAACAUGCUGCUCUUCUACUUGGACCAGGAAGCUCCUUUUGGUCCCGAGGAGAUGAAAUACAGCUCGCGGGCGCUGCAUUCCUACGGCAUCCGGGAUGGGGAUAAAAUUUACGUGGAGCCCAGAAUGAAAUAGCCUUUUUGCCCACACCCACACGCCCCCACGCACCCACACACAUGCAUUGAGGAGUUUUUUGCAAGGUUUUUAUUUCGGUUGGUUGGUUGAGGUUUGGUUGUGUUUCUGUAGCAGGUAAUUUCUUAGCCCGGAGGAAGUGCCCUGAUCUGAGAACCAUGCCCACCAUCCGCUGCAGGUGACCUUGAGGUGACAAUUGACUUCAGGACGUGUGUUUCAGUGUGGGCAAUACCUUGAUGUUUCCUUUGAUGCUCCGGUAUACUCGUGAUUUGGCAUGAAUGGUCAGUUGUUCAAGCUAAACAAUGCCAGGGUCCAUAAGGGAGGAGACAGCUCGGUGCAGAAUUUGACCUGUUGUUUUCUUUUCCUAAAUUUUUUGGUGUUUUGCUCCACCAGAUCUCCCUUUGGCCUAGCUAUCCAACUGUGGCUCGAGCUUGCUGUAGUAUUUUCUUGCAGCUUGGUGCUGUCUUUUGUUGUGCUCGAGUUCACAGGAAAGAUCUCCAUCAGUAUUCUGCUUGAUUCAGAGCUCAGGUACUUUAGUGCAUCCACUUCACUCCACUGGUUUGCUUUCUGUGAGUGCACAACAUGGAGGAAAGAAAAAGAACUUCCCAGAAAGAAACUUUCUUUUCAAAGUGCACGCUCUACAUCCACCUGAUUUUGGGGGGAAAAAAAAGAGAUUUUGGCUGCUGUACCCAUCUCAUACGGUGCCUGCAGCCUGUGGGGAUAAAGGGUGUGUUGGAAAGUGAAUUUUGGGAGGUGGUGGAUGAGCAUUGCAUUGGAAGGGCUUUUAGAACAACAGGUCAACGUGGGGUUGAAGAGCAGCUUCCCCUGUUGUCCAUCCUGAUGCUGAAGAGAUCCUCCGUGCACUUCACCUUGUACCAGUGGGUGCUGCAAGUGGAAUGGCUAAAAUUCCUCUCCUGGGAGAGAGGAAGAGUCAAGUUGAAGUUUGUGUUUUGUUGCUGUUGCACCAGUUCAAACCUAGCACUUUCCCCUGGCCGGGGGUCCCUGCGCAGGGUCCGAACUCGGAGGAUGCGUUGGCUGGGAUCAGCCUUGGCUCGGAUCAGCCUCUGGAAGUGGAGGAGCAAAGCAGCCGGACUCACCUCGGGUGUUCAGAGGUUUCCUCUCCUGCCUUCCCCACGCGCCCCUCGUAGGCAUCGCGUGCUGCUGCUUCACGUAGGCCCCGUUUUCUACUGCAGAGCAGAUUCCCCUGCCUGCUCAGUGAAAUCCUUCCUUCUCCUUUCGCUUUCCUGUGUCUUCCCCGCUCCAAGUUCAAGACUUCCCCAAUUUCCUGGUUACAAGCAGCUGCUCAGCAGUUUUUGGAGCUGUGCAGAGAGGGCUCUAGUUACACGUGAACUCCUGACCUUCAUUUUGAAAUGCUCCCUUUAUCCCCACGUGCACUUUCUUUCCCAGGAUGCUUUUUCCCACAUCACCGAGCUCCUUUGGUAUUCUUGGAGUUGUGUAUUUCUCUUCACAUUUUACCUGGAUUGUGGGGUGGGAUCAUUGGGGAGGGGACAAAGUAUUAUUAUCUCAUAAUCUUCAGGUUUAGGAUGUGGGGAUUGUCCAGAGGGGAUUAGUUCCUUACCCAAAGCAAGGAUUAAAACGGGAGGAUUUAAAACAAGUUACUAAUUUGUGCCUCAUACCCCUGCCAAAAAUAGCAAUUUCUUGGCCCCGUUGAGGUGAGCAAUAGUGAAGGGAGUGAGAUUUUCCAUAGGUAGCAUAGAUUUUCCAUAGAUCCGUGGUAUCUGUUAACUAAACAGCAGGGAGAUAGUGGCAGUAUAACAUAAAAUGAUGCUUUUAUAAGCUAGAGCUUUACUGAAGAUGUAUUUUCCAUUUGGGCAGCGAAAAUAAUUUGCUGCCUGAUAGCAGAACCCUUAAGCCAACACUUCUGUAUGAUAUAUACAUACCUACCAAUAGGAAAAGUUGUGGUUAAUAAGAUAUUUUGUUAUAAAGCAAAGUUUUAUGAAGAUAUGGUUGUUUAAUAUUAGAAACCUAUUUCAGCCCUUGACCUCCAGUGUAAGUAGGUUUUCCCUGAGUGGCUGCAGAGUCCGAGGCAAGCGACCUAUGGGGAUGCAAAAGUAUCUCUGACCCAAUUUUCCAGAGCAGUAAUUGCCUCUGUGGGUGUAUUUAUGGCAUUGCACCUGCCAUUAGUGAGAUGCUGUAACUCUUGACCAACUUCCUCAGCACAAUUAAAUGUCUGGCUUUCAGAGAAGGGAAUAAACAAAGGCCAUUAAAUGUGGAAUGGGAUGAUAAAGAAGGGCCAAGAACGUGCUUUUAAGUUUGUUUGCCCACUAAAAAUUGGGCUGUCCAUGGAGGGAUCGGUGCUGUCACCAGCUCAGAACUGGCAGUAAAUGCUGCUUUUUUUUUUGUGACAGACCUGGUGGGAACUGGAAGAUGGAAAAAGAGAACACAGAAGGUUAACAAGUGCUGGGAUUUGGUGCUGACACCCAAACCUGCUCCCCUGGUCCGUUCAGGGUAUGAAAUCACCACCCUGCCACUUCUCCAGGGAAAGGUUUUUCUCAAGGCAUUCACCUUGUGUGCGAUGGUGGAGCAGGCGUGGGGCAGAAACCAAAAGUCUUGGUUGGCUUCCCAAGGAGAGGGACUAAGCCCAAAAGCCAGAGAGAGUUUGUGUGUGCAGAUGAUCAGCUGUGGGAAGUGGGACCAAACAGCACACAGGGAUGUGGCAAAAUACCCCAAAUCAUGACACCUUGUGGGGUAGGGUCCUGUGUGUGUGCCACCCAACAGGGGACCAGGUCCUGGGGAGAGAGGAGAAGGUUCUGAGUGGGAGAGGUCCCUGGGUCUGUCCCAUCCGCUGAGAAAACAAAAUAGAUGUGCAAGCUUGCCUGGCUUGUGUGUCCUUCUGUCUGAGGGCACUUUUGUUGUGCUGUUCCUGCUGGUUCUUGCAUCAAAGUCUGCCACGGGCAGCCCGUGCAGAGCACCUGGGUGACAGCUGUAUACCAAAGUGCCACACGCCGUGCUGUGUGUUUUUGGAGACAUUCCUGUUCAAUAUCUGUGUUUUUGGCCAGAUGUUCCAGGCAGAUUGCUGUUAUGAAUCUGCACAGGGUGCUGGCUGUCCUCUGCUCGCUGGCUGGGGUUUGUAACCUCGUUUUUUGGGAGCUGCAGGCGUGCUGGUGGCAGGUGUGACCCGUGUCUCCCUGUGGCCUCUCCUCCUCGGGGCUGGAAUCCGAUGGAGGUGCCGGCUCUGCCUCCUCCUUGCCAGUGAGAUUCUGUAGGUUCUGUUCGUGUGCAAGGUUUGAGAAUGCAAACGAGGUGCUUAAAGCAGUCCAGAGGCUAAAAUCUGUAUUCCUGUGCCUGCCUCUCAUUUGGAUGUGGCACUUUUUAGGCAGCAGAGAGACGCCUUCCCCAGAGCAACGUUAGAGGGGCUCAGCCCUCUCGGGCCUUUCCCUCUGUGAUUGCUUUUCUGCAGUUCCUGGAAACUUCAGCUAUAAUUUAUACAUUAAGAUCUAUUCUUGCUCCCUGUUAAUGUUGCAUCCAUAUGUAAUUUCGAAGAACUGUAAGUCCAUCUGGUUUUUUAUUCUGGUUUCUCUCCCAGGGGAUACACCUCCCGCUCCCACAAUUUGCCUUUGGUUUGCUCGCAGACUUUAGUGGUGGAAUUCAGGCCAAAAUAGGUCAUUGGUUUGGAUCAGUUCAAUAAACUUAUGUAAGUUUUUACACUAAAA